GCCGCCACCCGGAACCCCUGUGCCUAGCUCGCGCCACGUCUCUUCAGGGAGCCCCUCCCCGUUCCCUGCUGUCCCUGCUGUCGCAGCGCCGGAGCCUAGAGAGGACCGGGCCCAGAGCAUCAUGGGCAACGAGGCUCCGCGCGCUUCAUCCUUCCAGAUGCUGCUGCUGCUGCUUCUGCUCCUGCUCCGGGCCGAGCCACUGCGGAGCGCUGAGCUCACCUUCGAGCUGCCGGACAACGCCAAGCAGUGCUUCCACGAGGAGGUGGAGCAGGGCGUGAAGUUUUCUCUGGAUUACCAGGUUAUCACUGGAGGCCACUACGAUGUGGACUGCUAUGUGGAAGACCCCAUGGGCAACAUCAUCUACAGGGAGACCAAGAAACAGUAUGACAGCUUCACAUACAAGACGGAGGCCAAGGGUGUUUACCAGUUUUGCUUCAGUAAUGAGUUCUCCACCUUCUCUCACAAGACCGUCUACUUUGACUUCCAAGUGGGUGAUGAGCCCCCCAUUCUCCCAGACAUGGGGAAUAGGGUCACAGCUCUCACGCAGAUGGAAUCUGCCUGUGUAACUAUUCACGAGGCUCUGAAGACUGUGAUCGACUCCCAGACCCAUUACCGACUGCGGGAGGCUCAGGACCGAGCCCGAGCUGAAGACCUUAAUAGUCGGGUGUCUUACUGGUCUGUAGGCGAGACUGUGGCUCUGUUUGCAGUUAGCAUCAGCCAGGUGCUACUACUAAAAAGCUUCUUUACAGAAAAACGACCCAUUAACAGAGCAGUCCACUCCUAGCUGUAGUCCCACCCCACGGCCCCUCACACCUCUAGGGUCUCAGGUUCCUGUAGGAUGGCGGAUGACACAGGGAAAGGGGAGCUGCAGAGACCAAAGGCCACACUUUGUUGUUUGUGCACAUAUCUGACCUUUGCACUCCAGCAACUGAAGGUCACAGAGCCAAGGAAUCUGAUUGUAAUGUGUGUGUAACAUUGGCCAAAAUUGUUCACGGGUCAACCUAUGGAUUGGCCACUAUGGGAGGGGAGUGAACCAGUAUCUAGUCUCUGGGAGAACUCCAAGUACCUGGGCCUCCGGGGCAGCUUAGGGUUCUGCCACUACUCCAUGAUACAUCGGUCAUUAGGUUGUUGUGUCUUCUUCCAUCUUGAGGAGAAAGGAACCCUGAGUUCUUGCCUUCCCUUCAUAGGCCUCUCUAUAUCCAAGGAAAGCAGGUGUAACCUCAAAGUAGUAGGGUCAGACAUACAACCAAGACCCAAAUAGAGUGAGUGCCUGUGGUGAUCUAUGUCUCUUGGAGGCAGAACUGUGCUAAUAAAAAACAAGAUGGAACACUC